GAAAAACACAUUCCAAGCCGUUUUCGCAUCGGAUGAAACUUCCUGGUAUCUCAUGUACAACUAUGAUGACAUUGACUGGGCUGUUGCUGUACCAAAGUAUGAAUUCAAAAGAGUUAUGGAAUAGUUAUUAAAAAAAGCGCGACCCAUUGUUAAAUGCACAUAUGAAGAUCAGUUGCGAAUAUUUUAACGUACUUGUAAAAUGAAUUUAUUUGGUUAGUUUAUUAGCAUUCACUGUCCAUGGGGACAAUCUCAUAAGUCAUUAGCAUGCAUUUGAAAUUUGAAUUAGUAUUGAUAACUUUUAUAAACAUCCCUGCUUCUGAAUAGUAUUCAUAACUUCAUAAACAUCCCUCUAACAUGACUUACUGAUCUUUAAUGCGAGUUACAAGUGUGCACAUGUUAUGACCUAAAUACCGCGUCAUGAUUUGUGUGUAGCCUUAUUAAUUAUUCAUGAAUUUCACAAGCAUUUGCACUUAAACUUAUCGUAUUUUGAUACGCCAAACUGCUUUGAAUUUAAUAUUGGUGAGGUUCAGAUUUGACUUCCGCUACUAAUACCCCUCACUGGCUUAGUACCCAUCUGAUAAACGAUUGGUUAAUCAGAUAAAUCAAACGCAUCUGAUUGGUUAAUGCCCCUAAUGGUAACGGAAGUCAAAACUGAAUCUCUUUAUUAUUUUAAAAUUCUGGAAUAAUUGAUGAGGGAAUAACUCGAUCAUAACGUCAUAUUCAGGCCUAUAAUCACUUUCAUACCUCUCUAUGUCCCAGUAAGAUGAACUUCUCCCUAAGCGGAUCUUGAUAAAUUAUUAAAACAUUUCGCUUCUGACGUUUUCAGGCAUUUUAAGUCUAGCCAUCUGCUUACAAUUGUAAUGCUCCGUAUGAACAUUUUUAUAUUAUAAUAACUUUUAAAUUUAUGGAAAGAAAACAUGACUGUAGUUCUAUUAUUGUAAAACCUGUACCCAGGGUUUCUGAAGGAAAGGAGUUCAGCCACCUUAGGCACGGUAUAAGCUAAAGUAGAUAUAACAUGCACAAAAUCAUUAACAUCUGUUUUAUUUUUAUCAAGGUCACAGUACGGUCUCUUCGUCAGUGAAGGAGGUCUUCCUGUAAUUGGUUGGAACGCUGGAAUGAGAGGCUUUGACUACAGGAAUAACGAAGAAUACCAGAACUUGCCCCUGUAAGUAUAAAGUAUGGAAAAAUUGACGUUCUAAAAACAAAAAAGAUUCUUUUCUCAUAUCCCGAAGGCCAUUAUAUCAAAGUAAGUGUGAUCAAAGUCGUGGUCGAGGGUGAUAAUAUUUCAUGAAAUAUUGAUAAUAUCGGAUACUAUCAUCAUACAAGGCAUUUAUCAGGGCUGGCCGUGGCGUGUCCUUCGUUCGACUUUGGCAAUUUACAGCUUGCAACGCGAGUGUUUUCAAAUAUUAGAUUCAUACUUCAUGAGUAGAAAUAGUAUGGCUGCAUAUAGCCUGCGAGCAAAGGCUGCAUACUAAUUUACCACUACAAAGCAAGAUCGAUCUUCUUAUAUCUCUACUGUAACUGCUCUUGCAAUUUCAGCACAGUGCCUAAUUAUUAUUGACUUAGGCACUUUUACAUGUACUUGAUAAAAUUUGACUAUACCUAUAAUUUACGUCGUUAAAAGUUUUAACUUUUAUAAAUAUAUUAAAAUAUAUUCUAAUACAUUAAAAUAUAUUAAUUAUAAAUAUAUAAAAAUAUAUUCUGAUACUCGUUUUAUUUUUUUCGUAGCUCCGGAACUAUUAACGCAGAAGAAAUUGAUGACUACGAAGGAAAUCUCGGAAAGGGUAGAUGGAUAUUUGCUACAAGCCCACGCGCUGAUAGAUCACCACGUCUUGAGUGUUAUGACUGGUUCAUUGGGUCGUCUAACCUAGGGAUAAGUACGCGGCAAUGCCCAAGAUUUGAAACGCAAGCGUCAGUUGAUAGAAGGUUUCGACGUCAAGACAGAUUCGAUCGUAUUUGCUACGCAAGGGUAUUUCCUCAAUCAGGUGCUGGAUUGCGCUGCUGUUACCGUCGAUUAGGAGGACCACUUUUAAAGAACCUGCCCGAGCCUGGUGGAUUUUUAUCGCGCAAUCCUUUAGUCUUUGAUGUUGGAGAAGACGAUAGAGCCUUCGAAAACUGUUGCCUCCUUUCCGAUCUUUGCGAGGCUUACUUCGUCCAAAGACCGAAACAAGAUGGAAGAUUCUAUAGGCCACGAAGAUUUGGUAAUUCUUAAAGUAUAUAGUAUAUAACGAUCAAGAAUGUCAGACGCGCUAUUGCAAUUCAUGCUCGAUAGGUCGACCGAGGACGAUGAGUGACGAGUUUGGCCGUCACGAGACCUUGGUUAGCUUUUCUUAAUGCUUUCCCAACACUAUCAUGUAUUUAAUUUGAGCUAAAACUUGGAUUAUUGGAACACUCAUCAAAAUUUUAUUUUGUUAAUGCGUAGUUAAUUCUCUCAACUUUCAUCCUCGUUUGACUGGGGCUGACUUUAUGCUUGUUCGUUUGACCUUCCCAUUUCCCUUUCCGUGUACAUUUGAAUUUGAUUUUUGUAUUACAGAAACAAUAAGAAUGAUAACAAUUUUUUGCUGUGUAUAGGAGCAUUAACAGCCUAUCCUAUUCAUCUUGAACUUUCGCCAUACAAACUAUAUAUACUUAUAUAUAUAUACUUAUGUUUGUCCCAGCAGGAUUUUGGCCACAUGGGAAUUUUAAGUCCCGAGGAACAUGUAUCAAUGUUUUCACGUAAAACAGGUCGUGUAUGCAUGUAUAGUACAUGAAAGACGAGAAUUUAUUUGUUUGUUCAAAUUAUCGCAAGUAUAUACUGAGUAUCGGGAAUGAAAGAUGCCAACAAAAUUACAGAAUCUUUAGUGCGCAUAUUAUGACACGUUUACAUGUAGAAACAAACAAAAGUAGAUUUUUGUUCUUGCAGGAUCUCACAUACUAUCCUUUAUUUUAAAAAAAUUAUUUAUUGUCAUAUAGAAAAUAAUUCCUGCAUGCAUAUAGUAUUAUUUUAAAAUUUUUAGGUGACAUUUUAAAAUGCGUGCUGAUGGCUGCGGGAAUGUGCAAUAGUAAUAUACAUAGUAGUAUAUAACAGAUAUUUUUAUCUUAUUUAAGCUUUGGGAUUUGGAGACCCUCAUUACAGCAAUUUGGAUAAUAUGAAUUACACAUUCAAUGGUUGUGGUGAUUUCAUGUUUGUCAUUAGUAAUGAUAAUCAGUUUCAAGUUCAAGUCCGGUUUUCUCAAGCGGUUGGGGCUGGUUUCGGAACUGUAGUGUCUGCUGUGGUGCUCAAAAUAGAAGGCGUUGAUCCUAUUCAAAUUAAUCACAACACAAAUGGUAAACGUGUGAUUUAUUUACGUACAUACUUACAUUCGACAGUACAUAACAUGUAAUAAUAAAAAGAAUAUGAAACGCGAAGAAGACUUUAAUAGUAUUAAUAUAAAUUCACUAAUAUGAAAAUUAAACUCAUGUCAUCGCGCGUUUUGGCCGUUUACUGAGUGCCAUAGCUGAGAAAUCUCUGAAGCAAUGUUCGUGCUGUUCUCAUUGAUAGCAAUGUUCGUGUAAUAUACAGGGUUCAACUGUCAAACACUUUUAUAGGUGUAUCUGUUACAUAGAUAUGGCGCUCAUUCAUCCACCUAUCGCGUAGAAUACCAAUUAUAAUAUAAGUGUGAUAUAACAGACGAUUUCAUUGGCUAAUGCGCGUGCAUUGUGACGCAAUAAUGCACUGUGAUCUGUGGCACUGCUUUGCUCUUUCUCUGUUUUUACCAGAAAGCAAGAAGGAAUAAAACAAAGGAACAAAGCAAUUUUCUAUAGUUCUACUUAAAAAAUUAACCGGCUUGGCAUUCGUCGAAUUUGUUGUUGUCUCGACAAGUUUUGGGUAAAAAGCGUACAAAAUAGUCGAGAAAAAAACUUGAAAAAGAUACAGCUGGAAGACCAAAUACAUACAAAAAGGCAACAAAAACUGAAUAUAACUGAUUUAGAAAGUACCAUCAAUUCUUCUGAUAAUAACUGCUAGAUAUAUUUUCGGCGAAAGACAAAAAAUACAAUAUUUUCGAAUAUGAAAACUGAGUAAUAAACACGACGAAACUUACGAGUUACCGUCUUUCAUGGCAAAUCCAGCAGCCCAGAUGCUGAAAAACUUUGGCAAAUUAGUCAGUGUGUCACUGCUUUUUUAUUUCCACUAUUUUAAACAACUUUUCCGGGCUUUAUAGCAUCAAAAGUUUGUAUGUUGUUUUGGCAAUUUUUCUCCUUCGCUCGCUUAAAAAUUCAAACGACAUUAAAAACAUGCGCGUGACGUCACUGAGUACAUGUUAGGAGAAUUUCAACGUCGAUCUUUUGAGUAAAAUUGUUUACUAUGUAAUAUCUUCUACUUAUAUUAUAAAAGAAAUAGAAAAACUCGUCUCGUGCGUUUAUGGUGUGAUAAUGCACUUGGGAAAUGUUGGGAGAAUACUCGAGGAGCGUGUAAAACACUCGGCUACGCCUCGUGUUUUACACGCUUCUCUCGUAUUCUCCCAACAUUCCCCGCGUGCAUUAUCACACCAUAAACGCACGCGACUCGUUUUCUAUUUCUUACAUAAGUCUAGUACCAUAUAACAAUCAGCUCGUCAACAGUGUAUAUUUUCCCCUUCAGACAGUGGCCCUGCCAUGUUGUUACACAUCAAUGGUGCAGAAUAUUCUGAUUACGACAACUUGGAUACGAAUUCUGCUAUCAUUGGAGAUAAAGUUUCUAUUCGAAGAGUUGGGGAUAACCAGCUACAACUAGUAACAGAGGAUGACCACUCAGUAGUCGUAACUCGCGAGACCAACAAUCUAGUUAUAGUUGUUGCUCUGGAUCUUAGCUUAUUUGGUUCGACUAUGGGCUUGCUUGGGAACUGGAGUGAUACAGUGGAGGAUGAUUUUGUCCUACCAAACGGAACCAAUUUAGGAUAUCCCUUGACAGACGAGCAGAUUCAUUUUGAUUUUGGCGAAAACUGUAAGUAUAUUUUACUAGAAUGCCAUUGAAAACGAUUCCACGCGAAUUGUCCUGGGAAAGAGGUUUUCCAGUUCGGGCUGCAGUUGAUCGACUGUGAACCUCAACGAACACACGUACUAUAAUCCUGGAUUCGAAUUUUUCUGUCUAGUCAGUAGUGUAAGUUUUAAAUCAUGCAAUCGACUUGACCAUUAUCAUUUUCGCAUGCAUGCACAAACUUAGAUUUUGCUUGUCAAGCCAGCUAUUUUCAUAUAUGAGAUACAGUAUACACUGCGAAACUAAAUAUAUCCAUUUGGUCGGAAAGGGACACCAGCUAGGUUGGAAACGAACAUAGAUAACUUCACUCGAAGUUGUAUGUACUAUUUACAACAUGAGCGGCCGUGUUGUAUCGAAUAUACAAACUCGAGCCGAAGGCGAGAGUUUGUAUAUCCGAUACAACACGGACGCGAAUGUUGUAAAUGGCUUAAAAAACUACUCAUCUUAUGAGUUCAUUGGCGAAGUAAUUUUAAAAAUAAACGUUGUCGAAGCCAAGAAAAUCAAAGUUAAAUUUUAUGUAAAUCAACAUGAAUCUGUAUCACAUAUACAGACUCCUUCACGCCCAUGAUUUCUUUUGUGUUUUCUUCAUGAAUUAUUAAUGAGUUUUUUAAAUUGUCAUAUAAUAAUAAUUCAACAAAACUAUUAUUACAAGUAAAACACACAAUAUAAUUUCCAUUCGUUUUAGGGCGACUGACACCAGGACAAAAUCUUUUUAUUAAUACAACUGCUGACGAACAUUUUUUCUGCCCCGACGAUUACACACCGAUUUUUGUUAGCAAUUUUACAUUCCCUAAUAGUUCCAUCCAGGAAAUUGCUGCCAGUAUUUGUGGAGGCAAUAUCAAUUGUGCAUUCGACAUUGCUGCUACAAUGCUUCCAAGUUUUGGACAGAACACAAUCGAUUCUUUUAAUGUGUUUGAAGAAGAGAAAACAAUAGCAGGUAGAAAUAUAUGUUAUAUUUUUUGGGGAAAGGUGGGAAUUUAACCCACCUUCUGCAUGAUACAUAACUUACUUCGCUGGCAGAGGUGUCCAGUCUCUGAGUACCCUCUAGUUGGUGUGUUGUUUUUGUCGUUAACGUUGUUAAAAUUAUGGUCACUCACUGUAAUGAUAAAUACGACGUUUUAACAGUUCUAAUUUUACUCCGAAUCUUUUCUAGAAAACAACGCUCCGACGUUUGAAAAUAGCAACGUAGUUUUCAAUUUAACGGUCGGUGAAGAAUUCGUGUAUACUCUCAGUGCAGAGGACGCCGAUGGUGAUAAUCUGGAAUUUACAAACACAGAUCUCCCGCCAGGAGCAACAGUUGAAAGAAAUGGAAAUAACAUAACUUUUCGCUGGCUUGUAAACUCCAUCCAACCGGUAUGAAAAAACCACGUUUAAAAAACGUAAUCAGCGAGUAAAGUUGUAGAACUGCAAUAUGAAACAAUCCAAAAUCCUCAUUAUUUUUGGAAAAUAAGACAAAUAUGAUAAUUGACAAUAUACUAAUGAAAGUAAUAUUUUGAUAUAAAUCUAAUUUUUUUAAUCUGCUAUAUUGAUUUUAGUGUUCUUGGGUGUUUGUUCUUAACUGUAAUCUUAUAAUUUGCAUUCGUUUACGAGAACCAAAUGCAAAUUCUCACUUUUCUGCUCAAGCGUGGUAAAAUGAGCUCAUGCAUGUCCUUUCUAAUUUUAGUUUAAUUUGUCGUUCUCGGUCCAAGACACUAAGAAUGCAUCGACUAUUCUUGUUCCGAUCAUCAAUGUAUGUGCUUGCGAAAAUGGUGGCCUUUGUGUUCAGCAAGCGACAACUAUGGAGACGCAAGGCUUGUCGUUCAGUCAACAUCAAGUAUUAAACUGUGAAUGUGCUACUGGAUUCACCGGUGAAUUUUGUGAAAUAGUGAGAGAUUUCUGUCAGACACAAUCUGGUUCUCCCUGCCAUCCUCUAGCAAACUGUACAAAUUCACCAACUAAUUACAUAUGUGGAGAUUGUCCUUCCGGGUAUAAUGGGGACGGUGCAGAUUGUGCAGGUAGGAUCUUACAUAUAUAUAGGCCCGUCUUGCUUCUAAACCUGUAUAACUGUUUUCUUGCAGCGGACACAGGUCAAAUUAGUCAAAGCACGGACAAUUAGCAUGCCUGUGGUUUAACAUUUCCACUGUUUUGGUCACUGCAUUUGUAUUUCUUUUUUUUCUGAAAAAUAUUUUUGGAAAUCAUUUGAAUAAUUUUCAAGUGUAUAAACAAUUAAAAAGGUUGCAUUGGAGAAUUCCGUUAAUCUAGGAUUAAAUAAUCGAAAGUCGAACAUUAUUUAAUAUCAUAUACAGAUAUUUAAGGCAACGACAAAACCAAAUUUCAUUCUAAAAACGCAGGAAAUGGCCAUUCUAUAGACUUUUAAAAUUCACAAUUUUCCGGUAGAGCAUGCCCAGGGCCCAGGACCUAGCUCUCAGCUAUUCAGGAGUCCAAUACGCCAUGACCGCUCAUCUGUGGUUACUGCCACACAGCCUUUGUUCACUGCCUCACAAUCUGUUCUUAUGAUGACUCCUGAUACAGCCCCAGCUCCAACUUCAUAAAAGUAUAGGUCAACAAAGAGGUGAUAUACCCUCAUGAAUGUGCUCAGCGUCAAAUGUAUAAUAUUAAAGUAUUUCUAUAUUUAAAGUUGUUGUCAGCAAUUUUAAUAAAGAUCUUCAUGUUUUGUAAAAUUUCCGCCAUUAAGAUAGGAACUGCCACUUUAGGGAUUUCAAAAUUUUUCUUACUGGGAAGAUUGACUGGAUCAAGACUAGUCUAUCAAGAUGUAGCAUCUUCAGACCCACAUGCACUAUGACACCCAACAAAAACAUUUCUUCUACCACCUAUAUAUACGCUGACCAUAUUUUAUUUUUGACCAGAUAUCGACGAAUGCGCCAACAAUGCUACUCAUGACUGUGAGAUGGUAUGCAGAAACAAUGCUGGGUCAUUUGUCUGCGAAUGUAUGGACGGAUACGAACUGAACGAUGACAUGAAGACGUGCAGUGGUAAGUUGCAUGUCUGCGCGAAAAUUACAUUACAGACACAAAUAAUUUUCUAGACUGACGCACGUUAAUACUAGUGUUUCUCACUCGCUCAGGAGUUGCAAACCACCACGAGAAGAAAAGAUAAAAACACUUCUCAUCUGAGAGAAGGUUCUUCAUCAGGAGAGUUUGAACUAAUUAAGGGACCGGUCAUUAUUUAUGGCAGGGGGUGGCAUCGAAGAGAAAUGCAUUUCUAGGCAAAAAUUUUGCUUACCCAACCAUUAAAAAGUAAAAAAAAAUUUACCCAACCUCAAAUAUCAAUUAAAAAAUAAAUACCCAACCCUGGCCAAAAACUUUACAAAAGGAUACUAUUAUUAAACAAAUAAGUAAGAUUUUGCCGUUGUCUUUUUAGUUAUAUAUACACAUAUGACAUCAUAAUGUGGGAAGAACAAUAAAGUGACCCACUCGCUUUAUAUAAUAAAAGGAAAAACGCCGAAUUAAACAUGUAAAUAGUUUACUUUUUCGAAAUUUUAUAAAUAUCACGGUACAUGAUCUAUACAAUUAAGGCGAUGCUAUUGGAUCAGGUUUUGUGUGACGUAAUUCUGUGCGUCUGUCCUGAAAUAGAUCAUGGCUCUCGACCAAUGAAAGCGCUUGAAUUCUUAUCGUUAUUGUAUAAAAUUAGUUGUCACACAUGUCCUUUACCACUUCUGUGACAUGAGUUGGAUAACUGCUUGUGCAAUUUUCUACAGUUUAAAGUUCAUUUAAAGCGCAUUUUCAAAAAUAUUCGCUUGGACAAAGCGACUGUAAUGUAAAACGACCCUGAAAGAACAGUGCAAUAGUUCAACCAUUUUUCGAAUCCGCAGCGUUCGAAUUGAAGAUCGUUGUGUGUUUAGUCUUUUUAACUAGUUGCAUUCUCUAUAUACUGAUCCAAAUAAAACCAAAUUUAUCGGAUCUUUCAUCAUUGCAUGUUCGUCGCACACCUUGUCGAGCCGCCCUAUACUCGCACGGCCAACUUGUAAAUAAAACAUAUAUAGUAAUAGUACUACUAUAUUAUAGUUUCAUCCGUACUAAACAAUCUUACUCCACCUAUAUACAUAUUGUUUUCUUCUUUAGACAUAAACGAGUGUACAACAGCACACGACUGUCAGCAGAAUUGUAUAAACGAGCAAGGUUCAUUCAGAUGUGGAUGCAGUGAAAACUUUAUAGUUGAUCUAAUGAACCCUAAAAACUGUGUUCGUAAGUAAUUAUAUAGUAUUUUUCAACAUAUCCUUUAAUUCGGAAACACAACUUAAUAACUAAGAAACAAGUAGAACAGUUAUUUAAAUUAUUUCUGUUCGAAAAAUCCGCUAUGAAAAUGUGGUAAAGCGGUACAUGCGCACAAGUCAUGCAAGCAACAAUAUUACAACAAUCAGCAACAAAUGCUGAUUUCAACGCACGUUAAUUAUAAUUGUCUGGGUGUUUCAGGGUGUUUUCAUGCAUUUAAACUACUAUUUGUUAAAUGGUCUUUUGUUUCGAGUAGCAGUAGCUUAUAUCUCGUCAACUUUGUCGUAAAUCUUUCUAUAGUUUAAUCUGUUUUAUGUCAUGUAUGAUACUAAAUUAUAAGCACGUUGUACUGAACAAAUUGAAGAACAAUUAAGAGAUAUGUAUGGUGAGCUAAUGUAGUAUUUUAAAUGGCACGUACUUAUUUAUUUCCGAUAAUCAAUGCCAUUAUACUGACGACAUUUUAUCUUCGUUUAGCUCGUUCAGCUUGUCCUUCUGGUAAUCCUUGCCAACAAGUGUGUGCAAUAGACAGUAACUCAGGAGAUCAAGUUUGUUCGUGUAAUCGAGGCUACACCGUUAAUCCCAAUGUUGCUACAGACUGUGUCGGUAAGCUUCAAUUAAACAUUUUCUUAUAUUAAACAUCAAUAAUUUUUGAUACUUUUUUUGGUCCUGAUGAAUUUUGAAUCGCAUUAUUUUUCAAUAGAAACCUAAAAAUUUAGUAAGUUUAGUAUCCAGAAACCCAUUUUCUUCAGACUAAAUAAAUAAUAACUUCAUGAAAAUCUGGCAAAAUCUGAAAUUCUGAAAAUCUAGCAAAAAGUAACUUGCUCCUUUGAAAACAUUAAAAAAUUUAAAUGAUAUUUUGUGCAAGAGAGGUCUAUUUUGUUGUUGGUUGUUACGGCAACUAAAGUGUUUAAUUUGCAACUGGUUUGCAUAUCUAUUGACUUAUGGCGAUGAAAGUUAUCAUAUAGAUUUUUGCGGAAAAAGAAGUGUGGUGUACUAGUUAUGAGUAAUAACGUAACUGCGAAAGAUGGAGGUUAAUCAUGUACUCAUGCGGUAAUAAUAUUAUUAUAUCAUCUUCUUUUUUACAUUAUCGGGAUAUUUUCACUUUAGAUGUUAAUGAAUGUGAAAGUUCUACAAACCUGUGUAAUCAGCAAUGUACUAAUACCAUGGGCAGUUUCAAUUGCUCGUGUCUCAGUGGAUACGUAAUGGGAGAUGACAGAUUUACAUGUCAAGGUAUUGUCAUAAAACGAUCACGCGUUACCUAUAUAUGUACACCUGAUUGGUUUUCUACUUUUCCAUUUAUUUUUACUAAUUCUAGAUGUGGAUGAGUGCAUCAUGGCUGAAAUGCUCGCUUGUAACACAAGUAAUGGAGGGGAAAUUUGUGUCAACCUACCUGGAACAUUCAAGUGUGAAUGUAAUAAUAACCUAGGUUUUGUUCUAAUUGAUGGAAUAUGUCAAGGUAAGUUCAAAUUUAGACUACCUGCGCGAAUUCUGGCCUAAUGUCGAAUUAUUUUUGCAUAAGGGGCGGACCAUUGGAAAAGCGAUGGGGGCUUUUUUAACUUGUUGCUUGUGUCGAUAAUUUUUUUAAUUUAAAUAUAAUCCCUUGCAUGCACGAUUUUUUUAUUUCAACUUAUAAUUUUCUCUAUUAAAAAGUCUCUGCAGUCUGCACGAAUUUACUUUUUCAAACUUUUUUGGUGCACGAAUUUUUUUCUUUCUGUUUCCCCUGCGCGAUUUUCAUUUUUGCUCCCCAUCACUUUUCUAAUGGUCCGCCCCCCAAAUGUAUAUAUCUUUUCUUUGACUUUGUGCGUGAUAUUGAAUUGAAUUACUACUGCGGAUAUUAUUUCCAAAUGUAAGAAAUAUGUUCUAAUGUGGUCUCGUCGAAUGUAUCCGAAUUAAUAUUCUUAAUAAUUCCAAUCUAUCACUCAAUGUAUAACUGGAAAAGGAGUUUCGAAGAAUAUCCUGAAUGAAAGGGGAAACGAAAGUUGGACGUCAGCUACUCAGCUUUACCAGAAUUAAAGAUGUAUCUGGUAAUAACCGGGAAAACAGAUACAAUAUGGUGUUUCAAGUAGAAAUAAUGGUGGAAAUUUCGAGUUUCAACCUCGCACUGUCUUGGGAUAAACGGCAAAUAUGUGAUGAAAUUCUAAUUUAUGCUAAAAUCAAAUAUUCGCACUGAAACCACAAGCACCACAUAAAGAAAUAAAAUAAUUUGUAAAUGUUUAGUACUGAGCAUGUCAGGUUUUCAAGUAUCAUUUGGUAUCAGCAACGUAAAACAUUGCUAUUGCAUGGUUAGCUGGGCAAAGAUACAAUAUACGCACGUGACGGCGAAGGACCAGAUUUAUGAAUAAACGUAACCAGUCACGUAAUUUUCAAACCAGAGGUUGAAAGUCGAAAUGUAUCUGUUUUUCAAGGUUAUUACUCAAUAAGUAAUAAAGGAUCUAUGAUUAUUUUCAGUUUGUCUAAGUUUUCAAUACAAGCAUCAAUAAUCCUUAUCGAGAUGCAAUAUGGAGAGAAAUACAAAUCAAUGAGCACCCAGCACUAUGCCAGUCUUUUGUUAAUAUUUCUUGAAAAAAAAUUAUAAUUACUGAAUAUGUAGUUAUAAUUGUUAAAUAAUAAAUAUUUUUUAUUUUGGUUGUAUCGCGCACAAUAUUGCAUUUAAAUUUAAGAGUUUUAUAUAUUUAUAUAUUAUGUAAUUUAAGUUAGUCCAUUAUGAAUGCAAUGAUCUUUAUUUCAUUGCGAUAACUUUUAUAGCUUUUACGUUACAAGAAAUCAAACAGAGUCUGGUGUUUUUUGGGACACCAAUAUAAAAUUUGAUAAUAUAUUAAGAUUGACCUUUACGACAGAAAAGGUCAAUCUUUAUUCCUUUAUUAGCUAAAAGCAAUCUCGUUCAUAGUCAAUUUUUAUACACAAGUUGCUCUAACUUCGAACAGCUAACAGUUCACUUCAAAUGGUUAGCGGUUUGCCGUAAACGUCAAUCUUAAAGUUCCUAAUAUAUAUAAUACGUCGGCUGAAAUAAAACGUAUUGAACCGUGAUUGAACAAAACGCGAUCCAAAUGAUAAUUUAAUUUGUUUGGGAUCAGAUUAACCGUAACUCGUUUACAUCUUUCAAACGUUGGGGCUUAACUCGAAGAACAAAAUGUUUGACUUUGCUCGAGUUAAGCCCCUAUUUUCUACAGGGCUUAACUCGAAGUACCUAACUCCAGUUAUGUACUUCGAGUUAAGCCCUCAGCGGAAAUGGGUGUGGCAUGGGCGUGGUCGGGGCUUAACUCGAAAGGGCGUGGUCGGGGCUUAACUCGAGGGGCUUAACUCGAAGAUUUGCUACCCCUAAUUAAAUAAAUAAAUAAAUAAACAUAACAAACUCGCAGGAAUAAUAGCAAUAGUGUGUUAUUUAUUUGUCGUCAAAUGACACAACGGUCAUGAAACAACUUGCUAAAAUUAAAGAUUUAAACUGAUUUCUUAUUGUUUGAAAUGACCAUUUUAUACUGCUCUUCAGCGUCACUGUUUAAUAUAAAUCAAUUGAUUUAUAUCCCACUAGUUCCCGAUGAUAACCAAGUGGUUGUGGUUGAACCUGAAGAACCACCAGCAGCAACUCGAGCAGACAGAGACAGCUCAGUUCAGUUGAGGUUGCCUAACUUUCAAAGCAAUAAGGUAUGAUACAAAGUUGUGCGGGAUAUAUGGAAUCAAUUUACGAUUAAAGAUAGCUUUAAUGAGAUUGUUACCACCGCCAAGAGGUUAUGUUUUCGCCUCAGUUUUAUUGUGUGCAUGUGCGUGUGUGUCCCACUGAUCAGUGGUGUGUCCCCCCCCUUCCUCCCCCCCCCCAUCUGCCACAGUUGAUGGUGCUAAGAUAAUUAAGGAAAUACAAUUAAUGUAAAAACAAGGAAAUUAUUUUUUAACAUGCAGAUUUCAAUAACUUAUUUUACAUUUAAGGCUAUUACCCUGGAUUAGCUUCAUCUUUCGUAACGAUUCUCAGAUAUUACUUCUAUUACUGUCGAACUAUAGUACGAUAGACCAACAGACAUUGCAUUCAGAAGUUCCAUCGCAGAUGCUCUUAACCGUUACUGUAAUGCAGAUGAUCAAAGAAGGACUGAGUGUGGUUUACCAGGG